ACACACUCAUAUACUCACAUGAAAGCGCAGGGAGGAGAAGAGAACAAGCUGUUACUGCAUGACCUCAGGACAACACUUCUCUGAAAUGGGGACGUUGCUGUUCCACGUUUGGACAGUACUGCUGGUUUUAAUACCAGUUUCCACAGGUUCAGGUACCAAUAUAUGUACCUCCAGAGGUGUAAGAACUUGCCAGGAAUGCCUGUCCAUUCACCCCUCCUGUGCCUGGUGCUCUCAGCCAGAUGACGGCCAGGGUAGGUCCAGUAUCGCCCGCUGUAAUCUGGAGAACCUGCUGAAAGGGGAUGGCUGUCGCAAGGAGUUUAUCGUGUCUCCUGUCAGUAAAUUGACAGUAGGCGAGAACCGCCCCCUCAGUGAUAAAGCACAGGGAUCCUCCAGUGACGUCACGCAAAUUCAACCCCAAAGAAUCCACCUCACCCUGCGACCAGGUGACUCCAAGACUUUCACAGUCACUGUUAGGCAGGUGGCUGAUUACCCAGUGGAUCUUUACUACCUGAUGGAUCUGUCCUACUCCAUGAACGACGACUUGGCAAGCCUCCGUUCACUCGGCAGUGAUCUGGCCACAGCUAUGGGGAAAACCACUAGUAACCUGCGCAUGGGAUUUGGGGCAUUUGUGGACAAAACCGUCUACCCCUACAUGUAUAUGUUUCCACCGGAGAUUGUGAGCAACCCCUGUGUUAGCAUUAACAAAGUCUGCAGGCCGCAGUUCGGCUAUAAGAACGUGCUGUCGCUGACCGAGCAGGUGGACCGCUUUACUGAGGAGGUGAAGAAGCAAGUAAUUUCCCGAAACAGAGACUCACCAGAGGGAGGUUUUGAUGCAGUGCUACAGGCUGUUGUCUGCAAGGAUAAGAUUGGUUGGAGAUCUGAUGCGUCCCACCUGCUGGUCUUCACUACAGAUGCUACCACUCACAGCGCUCUAGAUGGCAGAAUUGCUGGCAUUGUCCAACCCAGUGAUGGAGGAUGUUAUGUUAAUCAGGACAAUGACUAUGAAAAAUCUACUGUACUGGACUAUCCCUCUGUGGCAAUGCUCGCCGACAAACUGUCCGAAAACAAUAUCAACCUCAUCUUUGCUGUAACUGACAAUGUCAUGCCUCUGUACCUUAACUACAGUAAGCUGAUUCCUGGCACCACCGUGGGCAAACUCUCUUACGACUCGAAAAAUGUCAUCCAGCUCAUCCUGGACGCGUAUGCGAAUAUCAGAUCGAAGGCGGAGUUGGAGGUAUUGAAUGUUCCAGAUGAGUUAAUUCUGUCCUUCAACGCUACAUGCCUCAAUGGAGAGGUGGUGACUGGGGUCAGAUCCUGCUCAGGACUCAAAAUCGGAGACACGGUGUCCUUCAGUGUGGAAGCAAAACUCAGUGGCUGCCCUAAAGAGAGGAACCGCACCUUCAUCAUUAAACCACUGGGUUUGAAAGACACACUGCAGGUCACGGUGGACUUCACCUGCAACUGCGACUGCCAGGACUCCGCCGAGCCAGCUAGCCCUGCCUGCAGCAACAAUGGCACCCUGGAGUGUGGUGUGUGUCUCUGCGAUGCCGGGAGGCUGGGCUCACACUGCGAGUGUACAGAGGGGGACUACAAACCCACCGAGGCGGACAGCUGUAGCACUGGCCCCCAGGGGCCCAUCUGCAGUGGGCGGGGAGACUGCGUGUGUGGGCAGUGCCAGUGUCACUCAAGUAACUUCGGAAAGGUGUGGGGGAAGCAGUGCGAGUGUGACGACUUCAACUGCGUCCGCUUCAAAGGACAGAUCUGCUCAGGGCAUGGUGAUUGUAUGUGCGGGUUCUGUCAGUGUAACCCUGACUGGUCAGGUGAAAACUGUAAUUGCUCCAGGAGGACGGACAGCUGCAUGUCCAGCAUCGGGCUGAUGUGUAGUGGCCGCGGUCAGUGUGUGUGUGGCGCGUGCGAGUGCACUCAGCCUGGAGCGUACGGCGCAACUUGUGAGAAGUGUCCCACCUGCCCCGACUCCUGCACCAUCAAAAAGGACUGUGUGGAGUGUAAACACUACAAGAGAGGUCCACUGUUUGAGAAGAAAAGCUGUAACACAAUCUGCAGAGAUGAGAUCACGCUGGUAGAUGAGCUGGUCUUCCAGGAGAAGAGUGCGGUGAACUGCACCUAUAAAGACGAAGACGACUGUGUACAUCACUUCCAGUACUAUGAAGACAUCAGUGGCAAAUCCAUCCUCUACCUAGUUAAAGAACCUGAGUGUCCUAAGGGUCCUGAUAUCUUGGUGGUGGUGGCCUACGUGGCUGGCUCUAUCUUACUGCUGGGUUUGGCUGGUCUGCUGAUUUGGAAGCUGCUGAUCACCAUUCACGAUCGCCGAGAAUUUGCCAAAUUUGAGGAAGAGCGAGCCAAGGCCAAGUGGGAAGCGGCCAAUAAUCCAUUAUAUCGAGGAGCUACGACCACCUUUACGAAUGUGACCUACCGUGGCAACUCAUAAGGACGAAACACCUGCUGUAAAAACAAUCACGCCACCACCAGUCACAUCAGUGGCGAAUCUAGGAUUUUUCACAGUAAAGGGGCCAUCAAUGGGCCACAAGGGGCCAAGUAUUAUUUCACAAGUUAAAGCAUGUUCAAACACUUGAAUGUAAUUUUAAAAAGCUUACACAGUAAAAUCUAUGGAGUAAAUUUUGUGCCAAACUUUUUACAUAAAAAAAAUAAUAAUUUCUUUAAUUAUACUUGGUUACUUGGUUAUUCUUUGUGGUUAUUUAAAGAUGAUUCGCGUUUGGAUUUUGCCAGUCUUUGCUUUUAUUUUUUGUGUUUUUGAUUGCAGGUUUUAGAUUUUUGUAUAAAACUUUGGCACAAACUUAACUUCUUACCAAUUUUACAUUAUUUUUUUUAAUUGUACAUAGACAAAAUAAAUGACAAGACAGUGGCACUUCAGUGCGCCAAUCAGAUUUCAGCAGAUUUCAUUGCUCCUGUGGCUCCGCCCUCAGAACCUCCAGUGAGUCACAUUCAUUAUAACUGCAGUCAUCACAUUCUGGCAGUCAACUGAUAACCGGUCAAAUUUGUGACUUUGCUGUGGUGCUGAGCUGUGCAGAUCACCACCAUGCAUCUCUUGGGAAUGUGGAAUGGUGUUUUUUUUUAUGUUUACAUUUUUCUUUCUUAGAAAUGUUUUAAAGGGCCCAUAUCAGGGAAAAGUACGUCUUUUUAAAUGAACCACUUUGAUAUAGCAUAUAAUCAUGUUUUAAAACAUACCAUUCACUCCCCAGUACAUGUUAUCUAAAGAUGGAGAUUAAGCUGGACAAGCAAUCCAAGAAAAGAAAAGUAAACAUUUUGUGAUGUCACAAAAACAUGCGUUAAUACAUACUGUAUACACCAGUUCAGACUACAGCAGUUUAAUCUGCUCACUCACAGUAAGUUUAAAUUUAAAGUCGUUCAUGUUCACUGAUCAGCCAUAACAUUAGGCCCACUGACAGGUGAAGUUAAAAAAGUAAAAAAAAAAAAAACAUUGAUUAUAUUCAUCUACAGAGGCAUCUGUCUAUGGAUGGGAUAUACAUAAUAGGCAGCGACUAAACUGUUCUUAAAGAUGAUGAGUUGAGGUGAUGAGUCCCUGGCAAGCAUGUUCACCAGCAAGUAGCCAGGCUGUAGGCUGGACCUGUGUCUGUCAUUGUGCUGGACUGAACUGUGCCAUUGAACAAACCAGUAAAAACAACACAACCCAGCCAAAAGCGUUUAGUAUAUAUUUCUGACUAUAAGGCACACAAGAUUAUAAGGCUCGAUAUCAAUGAAAAUGAUCUAUUUUCUGGUCUAUUUUCGUACAGAAAGUUCAAAGGAUUAUAAGUCACAUUAAGCGACAAAUCGAAGUGAGCAAGGGUGACGCCAUAUUUCCCCUUUAACUCUUAUGUGGUGUUCGGGUCUGUGGGACCCGUUUUCAUUUUUCAUCAAAUGAUACUAAAAAAAAUAUUGUUUCUAACUCAAACUCAUUGGCAUUGGCUCAUUUUUUUGUGAAAAACAUAUAUCAAAACACAUUUUCGAUAAACACACAAUGUACACCCACCCCCAACCAUUUAUAUUACAUACAUUAUGCUUGGCCAAGGGCUAAUAAACAUUGCUUCAUUUGUAAAUUUGAAACUAAACAAAUUUUCUACUCUUUUCUUGAGUUUAAUUCAUUUUCUUUUACAUUUUAUAAAAAAAAACUAAUAAAAAAAGAGUAGCACUUUUUGAAAGAAAUGUAACAUAAGAAAGGUAAAGGGCAAAUAUUAACCAUGUAAGCUGUUUAUAUUGCUUGCAAUUUAGGUGAGGCAAGCAUUUUAAUGUAAAAUUGCUUAAUUUUGCUGAAUUAAAUACAAGUAACAAAGUAAACAAGUAACAAAAAUAUAUACACCACACAAGGGUUAAUGAGGAAACUGGGGGAAAAGCGCCUAAGUAAACAAAACUGUAAUUCCUUAAAAAGUCAAAUAAGCGUUAGAUAUUAAUCUACACAGAUUUCUUUCCUGAAAAUCGUUUAUUUGGGUGAGUAAAGCACUUCCAUUUAUUUACAGUAAGCUUAGAUUUCCAAUUAGCAUUAGCAUUAGCUUUAGCUGCUAACCGCAGUGCUAGCUGGACGUAAAUGCCGACCGAUAGCCCUAGACUGAGGAACCCUGUCUUCCGGUAGCGCAGGGCCCUAUCAGCUAGCGGUUUGUCUGACUCUCUUUAAAAAAAUGAAUGACUUUCAGCCUCUGUGUUUCUUUUGUCGCUUUCACAAUUAAAAAGGAUCUGCUGUCUACUAAUAUCUAUUAAUGUAUCACAUACCACAGGACACCUUCAGAGAUCUUGUGUAGUCCAUGCCUUAUAUGGUCUGAUCUUUUGUAAUGGCACAAGAGAGAUCUACUCAAUUUUAGGCAAUGUUAUGCUAGUGUUAUGGCUAAUCACUGUACAGGUACAGAACCCAAGGAGCAUCAGCCUGUUUAGUUCUAAAUGGUAUAGUAAUGCUCUUUUUGUCUGCUUUUGAUAAAUCAAGGAAUCCUUUAAAAAAGAAACCUUUAAGAAUACAGGAUAUGGGCCCUUUAAGUAAAGCACCUCUCAUACAUAUUACAAGAAACUGAUUUAACCUGAAUACCUGUGAAACAUAUGCAAUUAUUUUUCUUUCUUAUCAUGGCAAAACAAGAAGAUCUUUUGGCAAACUGCAAAGUGCUGUGAAGCCUAUAAGCCUGUCUAAUGAUGCAGAAGCUGUAUCCGGUUCUUACUCAGGAUCUUGGGAGUGUAAACUAAUGACUGUUGAGAAAAUAAUGAGUACUUUGUGUUAUGUAUAGUCUUAAUGACUGAUUAUUCUGAAGAGAUGUCAAAUGUUUGAUGCACUUUAGUCUCAGGACAGAGCUGCACUUGUCUGAACAUCAUGGCUGUAACUGUAAUGGAUCCAUCAUCCCUCAUAUCUACUGAUGCCUGUAUAUAGGGAGGAAAUUAUUAGGUUAUUAAGUACCAGUAAAACAUGUUAAUUAGUAAAUUAUUUUUGACAUUUUGUCAUCAUCGACUUGUGUGAGCACUCAUCAGCCACAUAAACAAACCAUUUUUCUUUAUUACAGUCUUUAUUGUAAAAAGUUGGGAUAAGUAUGGAUAAUGCAAUUAAAAUUGUGUUUUUUACAUUUACUUUGACUUUUAUUUGAUUGUAGACAGUGUAAACUCAAGAGAUAUUAUGUUUUGCCUGGUCAACUUCAUUUAUUUCAUUUGUUAAUAUACUGUACAUCUAUUCUAACACGCCCAGUCCUGUCGCCGUAAUCUCUAUUUCUGUAGCCGUGCCUUUGUAUUUUUAUUUUUUUGUAUUUUGUAAUGUAUUUUCUGCAUUAAUGCUGCCACCAAAGAAGUGUACUGACACAGUACACUUCUUUGGAUGGUCUUUUUUGGUGUUCAUUUCUUGAAAAAAAAAUAUGGAAUAACAAUGGAAUGCUUUACAAUUAUCUGACCACAGCAGCUGCUUUCCAUGAGAAUGUAAUGGUGGGGCAAACAAGCUAUAAGCUAAUCCUAAAAGGGAGAUGAGCACACCAGAAAAGGAUUGAUUAAAGGAAGCUGCUGAAGUGAGCACGCCCUAGGCCAGGGGUGUACAGAAAAACAGGCCAAAGAGUCUAAAAGCGGAGAGGCUGCGCAGUUUUAGCACAGAAAAACGGGCCAAACAGUCUAAAAGUGAAGAGGCUGCGCAGUUGUAGCGCAAAAAAACAGGCCAAUAAGUCUAAAAGUUGCCGUAAUUAACAAGUUUAAUAUUAAGAGACAUCAUGAAAUGAAACAUCAAUUUGAAAAAUCGUAGUUUACGCAACACUGUCAAAGAGAGUAAGUCAAGUAAAAUGAUGUGUAAAUGAAGGUAAUCAGGAAAAUGUAUUAUUAAAAGUGGUUUAUUUCAUUAUUUGUUUUAUUAUAGAGUCUGUGGCCCGUGACUUCAAAUAUAUUUCUCCUUCUGGCCCCCAACAAAAAAAGUUUGGACACCCCUGCCCUAGGCAGACGUCCCAAGUCUCCUGGAAGUUGCGGGAGUUCUCUUUACCUGUUCUCUAGCUCCUGUGAGCCAUUGCAGUGCCAUAAACAAGCCAAAAGCAAGAGUCCACCAUUAAAAGGAAAAUCAUUGAGCUUCAAUGUGUUUCAAAAUAAUAUGUGUUUGUAAAUGGGCUCAUUAAACCGCAACUGUUGAAAACAUUUUUAUCCUAAACCAGAGUCACACACUUUUACUAUUUAUAUGAAAUCUGUGGCAAAGUUAACGCUAAUAACUUUUUCUUAACAAUUCUGUGGGCAAUUGUAGUCCUCUCAAAAUAACUCUGGAAUUACGCUUUUGGAAUCAGGCACUAACAGGACAAUGGCUAUUGGAGUUCUUUAUUAGUUAAAUAAAAUUGGAUAUGGUAAGUAGUGAUCCAUUUCAUUCAGAGACCCAGUUUAGUCUUGAUACUAUUUCUUGUUUUGGCUUCAGUGCAUUUCUGAUUUCUGACAUUUGUGAUGGUAACCCUUGAAGGGAUUGGAUCCGACCCUGUAAGAAUCUGGGCUGCUUAGUGCUGGAGACAUGUCAAUCUACGCUGUCAUUGAUAAAAAAAAUGUCAUUAAUGAAAACCAGCAAUACCUGGGUUUUAUUCAUGAAUUUCAAGUGCCUUUUUUAAGCAAGGAUUUAUUCUGCUGACUUUUUUUGUACAUUUGUGUAGAAUGCUACUUUUUCUAUUAGGUGUUCUGAAUAAACUGUAAUUUUACACAUUGACUACACUACAAUAUUGAUAGUCUUAAAUAAACCCUGUUACAGUUAUUAUUACUAAUGGUGGGUUUGUUUUCAUGCAUUCCAUUAUCUUGAUGAUCAGUGACCAGUGUCUAUAAAUUGUUUUCAGCUCUUUUGUUCGGUGUUAUGCUACUGUAAAAAAAAAAAAAGAAAUUGUCAACAUCUUACAUUUUUCUUGUAAAAAAAAAAAAAAAACCUUGUACCUCCAUUUUAAUAUAAUUUGAUUGUUCCUGUUUUCUUGCUUGUGUGAAAGUUUUAAGAUAAACGGAUCAAAAAUUCUUUAAAUUGUUCUGUGUCUAGACUGAAGUUCUAUAUGGCAAGAAUGAAUGCGCUUUUCAGAGACUAAUUCUUAUCACAUUCUGUGGAAAAUAAAUAUGUUCAGAACCA